AUGGCGGACACCAGCACAUUUAUUAACCAGGGCUUCACCCAUGCCGAACGCGCCAUACAGUACGAUAAGCUCGCCUGCAAGAGCAAUGAGCCCGAAAACUUUGAUCAAGCCAAACAUUCCUACUUGCGCGCCGUCGAGUACUAUUUCACAGCCCUCAAGUAUGAAAAGAACGAUCGCAUCAAAGCUUCGCUGCGUGAAAAGAUCAGUGCCUACAUGGACCGCGCAGAAAUCAUGAAGGACUGGCUCACAAAGUACGAGCAGCGUCAACAAGAAAUCCGAGAAAAUGGCGGCCCCGAGGACGAUGAUGAACCACCAAAGGGCGACGAAGGCGCUGGUGGAGGAGGAGGUGGUGGCGGCGGGGGAGGCGCUGCCACGUCGAAGAAGGGUAAGGCAAAGAAAGAUGACGAGGGCGACAAGAUGCGUUUGCAGCUGGGAAGCGCUAUAUUGACGGAGAAACCCGACGUCAAAUGGGACGAUGUCGCGGGCUUGGAGGGAGCCAAGGAUGCGUUGAAGGAGGCUGUCAUUCUUCCACAAAAGUUCCCACAGAUGUUUGUCGGGAAGCGAAGGCCGUGGAAGGGCAUCCUGCUGUACGGGCCGCCGGGCACAGGAAAGAGUUAUCUAGCGAAGGCCGUGGCGACGGAGGCGGACGCCCAGUUUUUCUCCGUCUCCUCGUCGGAUCUCGUGUCCAAGUGGCAGGGCGAGAGUGAGAAGCUGGUCAGGGAGCUGUUCAGCAUGGCGCGCGCGUCGGGCAAGGCAAUUAUCUUUAUCGAUGAAAUCGAUGCGCUGGUGUCGUCGCGAAGCGACAACGAGUCGGAGAGCUCGCGGCGGAUAAAGACGGAGUUCCUGGUGCAGAUGGACGGCGUGGGCAAGUCGACGGAUGGCGUGCUACUGCUGGGGGCGACCAACAUCCCGUGGGGCUUGGAUGAUGCGCUGCUGCGACGGAUGGAGCGACGGGUGUACAUCCCGUUGCCGGAGGAGCGUGCACGUGCGCGGAUGCUGGAAAUUCAUUUGGGAAACACGCCGCACACGUUGGAGAAGAGCGACUUUACCGAGAUAGCAUUGCAGGCCAAGGGGUUCUCCGGGUCGGACAUGGGAGUUUUGGUGAGGGACGCGAUCAUGCAGCCGGUGCGGACGCUGCAGAAUGCGACGUUCUUCAAGCGGAUUACGGUGGAGGAGGAAGGGAGAAAGAUGAGCAAGUUGACGCCGUGCUCGCCCGGGGACCCGGUUGGGGAGGAGAUGACGCUGAUGACGAUUAAAGCGGAGGAACUGCACGUGCCGAUGGUGAGCAGGUACGACUUUGAGCUUGCGUUGGCGAAGACGAAGCCGUCUGUGGGGCAGGACAAUAUUGCGAUGCACGUCAAGUUUACGGCGGAGAAGGGCCAGAGCGGUGUAUAAUCAUUGCUGGAUUGGAUAGAGAGCUGAGGAAGUAGGAAAUGUUUUGUGUCGGGGUUAUAGAAUCGUGUUACAUUGUGUUUUAAAGAAGUGGUGGAGUGGUAACAAGUAAGGAUGUGGGGAGGGGGCGGGGGAGGAGGAGCGGUAACUGCCGAAGGGAUGCAUGGUGAUAUUUGUAAGGCUUGUUGAGUGAGCAAAGCGUGACGUGAUGCUGCUGGCACAUGAGCCAUGCGUUGCCUUAUAACUUGUCAAUUUGGUGUGGCCUCCCUAGCCCCUCCAAAUUUAUCCAAAAUCUAACAAACCUCACUUGUUCACCUU